AUGCUGUCAUGUGUUCCAUUUGGGCACUACAUUGAGAUGAAAUAUAUUUUCUCCACUUGCUUUGUUUUGUUUUGUGUUUUAUAUAUUACAUUUCUAUGUUGCUUAUGUCGUAAUGUUUCAUCUAUCUUUCUCAUGCUUUCUUUCUGGUUACAAAAUCCUCUAUUUAUAUCAAUCACUAAUGGUAGCUUCAUUCUAUUGAACAGCACCUUCAAGAAGAAGGCACCAAAUGCCAUCAAGGAGAUCAGGAAGUUUGCACAGAAGGCCAUGGGAACCAACGAUGUCCGCAUUGACGUGAAGCUCAACAAGCACAUCUGGAGCAGUGGCAUCAGGAGUGUCCCGAGGAGAGUCCGUGUCAGGAUUGCCCGCAAGAGGAAUGACGAGGAGGACGCUAAGGAGGAGCUGUACUCUCUGGUCACAGUUGCUGAAGUUCCCCAGGAAGGUCUUAAAGGUUUGGGUACCAAGGUUGUGGAGGAUGAGGACUAA